GCCACACACUGUGAUUUGUGAUGUUUUUUCCCUUUGUUUUGUUCAUUUUUGCAACAAGGGAAACGAAUAGCUAACUGUACACUAAACCAUACACACGCAAAUCACAAUCGGUGAUUUGGAAAAAAAACAACAGUUGUCAACAGUGCUGUUCGUUUCUAAACGUACAUCAUCUUGGCGGAUAUUUAGAAGGAACUUGCUACCUUACAAAAGCACAGAGGGUUUUUUUUUUUUUUUGGUAAAAUGCUAAUUGGAUAAAAAAACGAAGAAAAAUUUGAAACGAAAGCCCAAUGAGCGGCACACAGUCUACAAUCACUGACAGGUUUCCCAAAAAAGCGACCAGGGCAGGUAGCAUUCUCAGCAAGGACCACCCCCCUGACAAGAAGCCCAAGAGUGACAAGCAGGCCGCACCACCAUCGCAUGAGUUUGACCCCACAGGGCUCGUCCAGCGAUGCGUGAUCAUUCAGAAAGAUGAGAAUGGCUUUGGGCUGACCGUGAGUGGAGACAACCCUGUGUUUGUGCAGCUGGUCAAGGAAGAUGGCGCUGCGAUGCGGGCCGGCGUGCAGACUGGUGACAGGAUCAUUAAGGUGAACGGGACCUUAGUAACACAUUCAAACCAUGUAGAAGUUGUGAAGCUGAUCAAAUCGGGCUCCUAUGUGGCCCUCACAGUUUUGGGGCGCCCUCCAGGGCUGCCCCAGAUACCGUUGUCAGAAAACGAGGGGGACACGGGGGUGCCCUCCGUCACCUCCCCCCACUCACCCGGCCCCACGACAGGGGAGCGCACCUCCAGCUCCUCCAGUCCCUCAGAGCGGAUCACAGCCCCUCUGCCUGUCUGGGAGGAGAACAACAUUGUCCACAGCCAGAAGGUGGACAUCUUACAGAAGAUGCUGUCCAAGGAGCAGCAGGAUCUACAGGCAAUGAAGGAGGAGUACAGCAGGAACCCCACACCCAAACUACUGAAGGACAUCCAGGAAGCCAAGAAGCACAUUCCACAGCUGCAGGGACAGCUGAGCAAGGCCACAGGGGGCAUGCAGGAUAGCCUUCCGUCCCCUCGGCCUGGGGAUGUCCCACAGCUCAGCGAGGGGGAGGAUGGCAGCACAGGUGACGCAGAGCAAACACUGUCCUCACGGAGCGACAGCGGCACAGAGGGGUCCUGGGGCAACAGCGCGGCAGCCCCUGUCACUCCCAGCCUCCCUUCAGCCCUCCCAGAGAGCCCGUGCCAAAGAGAAACCCCCUGUCACAGCCCAAAGACCACACCCAGGGGCAGCCUCAACUCCUACCCCUCCCCUGAGACAGAGGACACCGCCGACCCGGACUCCCACUCCCAGUCCAGCCCCUCCCCCCACCUCGCCUCACAGAUAAUUGGAGCGGAGGAUGACUACUUUGAUACAGAGCAGGAGCAGAUAAACGGCCAGUGUAGCUGUUUCCAGAAUAUCGAGCUGCUCAAAUCUCGCCCUGCCCACCUGGCUGCCUUCCUCCAUCAUGUGGUCUCGCAGUUUGACCCUGCGCCGCUGCUCUGCUACCUCUACGCUGACCUGUACAAACAGACCAAUUCCAAAGAGACCCGUCGUGUCUUCAUGGACUUCCACACGUUCUUUAUGGACCGAGCUGCGAACCUGAAAGUAGCUGUGCCUGAGUCCAUUGCCUCAGAACUGGAGCGGAGGAGGCCAGAACUGAUCCCUGAGGAACUCCACAGGCAGUACGUUCAGGUGCUGCAGGACAGUCUGAUCACAGACAUCCAGAGAAAUCUGGAGGACUUCAGACAGAAGCGCAGUAUGGGUCUGACUCUGGCAGAGGCGGAGCUGGCCAGGCUGGACACCGAGCGGGUCAGAGAUCGCGUGGCACUAGAGAGAGAGCGCUCCUGCGCUGAGCACAUCAUCUCCAAGAUCGAGGACGUGCUGUUGACGUCACAGCCCACUGAGGAGGAGAAGUGCACCACCAUGCAGUAUGUGAUCCUCACCUACAUGAAGCAGCUGGGUGUGAGGGUGAAGGAGCCACGGAGCCUGGAACCCAAACGUGUCCGAAUCAACUUCCUGCCCAAGAUCAAGAAGAGCAUAAAGCCUGAAAAGGAGGGGGAGGAGAAAGUGAAGAAGCCCAGAUUUCCCAGCAUUCUCGGCCCUCCCAGGCGGCCCAGUCGGAAUGAUGUUACCUCCAUAGGCAAGGCCAUGGAGAUGUACAAGCCACGGCCACAGAAGCAGCUCUCCCAGCCGGCCAUGAACAUCCCUGAGCACCCGGACCCUGGCCGCACUCGGGGGAGUCAGUCCAGCGAGGGUUUGGAUCCUACACACACCCCAGCGCUGGCCACCUCACCCUCCUACAGUGCCACUGUCAGCCAGAGCUCCGAGGGAGGGGGCCGAGACUCUGACACCAGCCUCACGCCUUCCUCCGCCCUCCCCAGGCUGGGUGAGGGGCUGCACUCAGCUGACUCCCAGGACGGGACGCCCCACACCCCCAGCACACACUUCGACUUCAGCCCCUGCAGCCUGGAGCAGAGACAGGAGGAGGAGCGGGAUAGUGACAGGACUCUGGAGGGAGGCACACCUAAGCCAGUCAGGAGGAUGGAUACGCUGAGCAGCACAGAGGUCCAGAGUGAGGAUGACCAGGGGAAUGAGACAGAGUGGGAGCAGGACCCUCCAAACUGGCAGCAGCUGGUGAGCCGGGAGGUGCUGGCCAGCCUCACACCUCAUGAGAUCAAAAGACAGGAGGUCAUCAACGAGCUCUUCUACACUGAGCGCGCUCACCUCCGCAAGCUGCGAGUGCUGGACAGCGUCUUCUGUCAGAGGCUUUCAAAAGAGUCUAUUCUGCCACCUGCAGACAUCAAGAACAUUUUCACCAACCUGGAGGACAUCGUCCAGCUGCACGCCUCUAUAACUGAGCAGAUGAAUGUGAUCCGGAAGAAGACUGAAACGGCUGUCAUAGAUCAGAUAGGAGAUGAGCUGCUGUCCUGGUUCAGUGGUGGUGAGGAGGAGAAGAUAAAGCGAGCAGUUGGCACAUUCUGUAGCAACCAGCCCUUCGCUCUGGAGCUCAUCAAGACCCGGCAGAAGAAGGAUGCACGCUUCACCUCCUUCAUGCAGGAGGCGGAGAGCAACCGUCUGUGUCGCAGACUCCAGCUGAAGGACAUCAUUCCAGCAGAGAUGCAGAGGCUGACCAAGUACCCUCUCCUCCUGGAAAACAUUGCCAAGUACACAGAGGACGCCAAGGAAAAAGAGAAGGUAAAGAGAGCAGGAGAAUGUUGUCGGAAGAUCCUCAACUAUGUCAACCAGGCUGUGAAGGAGGCUGAGAACAAGCAGAGAUUGGAGGACUACCAGAGACGGCUAGACCUGUCCUCACUGAAACAGAGUGAGAACCCCAUGAUCUCAGAGCUCAAGAAUCUGGACCUGACCAAGAGGAAGAUGGUGCAUGAGGGACCUCUCUCCUGGAAAGUCAACAAAGACAAGACAAUCGAACUGUACACUCUGCUCCUGGAGGACAUCCUGGUAUUGCUACAGAAGCAGGAUGAACGACUCGUUCUCAAGUGCCACAGCAAGAACCUGGCGGGCACAGCCGACACCAAACACAUUUUCAGUCCCAUCAUCAAGCUCAACACCGUGCUGGUGCGCUCUGUGGCCACAGACAAUAGGUCCUUCUUUGUGCUAUCCAUGUCUGAAAACGGGGCACAGAUCUACGAGCUGAUGGCGCAGACUGUUUCCGAACAGAGAUUGUGGCAGUGUCUGAUCACACAGAGGGCUGACUACAUGAAAACAAAACCGCACAAUAUCAUACCUUUACCUCAAACAGAUGGGGAGCGAGAUGCUGUGGAGAUGAUCGGCGCUGGUGUGAAAUUGAAGGACCCUGACCGCAGCUCCACUGGAAGCAUCCAGUCCCCAGAGAAGGACGUGGGCACUUCUUCGACAGAGUUGGUGCAUCCUUCCACCCCAGGCUCCAACCCAUUUGAGGAGAUCAAAACUGAGGAGGAAGAGGAGGAGCUAGAUCGAGAGGGGGAGGAGGGGCCAUUCUUGGAAUCGGACCUUGCUGAUAGGCUGCCCUUUUUGCCACAGAGGUCACGGCAGGGUGUUGCCAUUGACAGUGAUGAAGGAGACCCGUUCAUCUUGCCUCCCUCUAGAGCAGAGGAGGCCCUGAGGACCUUGGCUGAGCUCAGGCAGGUCCUGGUCAGCCAGAUGAUGACACAGGAGGAGGGCAAGAGGGGCGGGCGGGCCGGAGGUGGGCGGCUCCUGAGGACCACCUCCCUGCGGGGACCCAUGGAGAGCUCAGGGUCCCGGGCUGUGGCGCCCCUGCGGUCCCCGGAGAAUGGUGCCGGGAGGGAGGAGGCAGCCAGGGCACUGGCCUCAGGGGAUACAGGCUUCUUCGAGACUUCCGAGGAUUGUGGUAGCUACAUGGUCCUGGAGGGCUAUGGGGGGUCAGGGGAGAGCAGCACUGACGACGACCUCCAGGGCAGCGAUAAGGAACCAGGAGCCCGGUGGGUCUCGGCGGCAGACUCCGGGAUAGAUCUGAAGAAGCUGCUCUCCUCAUCCUCACAGCCAGGGGGCGUCCCUAACCUCAGCCGGCAGGUCAUGACACACCUCCGCGUGUUGCAGGCCAGCCUGCAGCACCUGAAGGAUGUGGAGACCAGAUAUAAUCAGCUACGCCAAAGCCUGGCAGCAGCUACUGACACAGAUGAAAACAAAGACAAGAGUUAGUGUUGGUGGAGCCGCCCAGCCCCUGCAUCCAUUCAGGAGGGAAGAGAUGGGGAUGGAGGGAGGAGGCAGCCUCUUGUUUCUUUCCUUUGGAAUGUCCUAUCACAGCCUGCCCCCCUUCACAGCUGAGCCCCUCCCAUCACUGAAACCGAAGAGAUCUGUAUGAGAGAGGGAAGGUGGAGGGGCUGCCAAGAUGUUCCUCCCAUCUGACAGCACAAGGCAAUCAGGGAAGAUGGACUGCCCCCAGAUGCAUUCUCUGGCUCCGCCUUUGCCUCCAUAAGUCUGCCUACCAGCUUUGGGUCAUAAAGCUCCUCUCUGAACAAGAACAAACAAUACCAAAAUGUACAAAGCUGUUCGUUUGGGAUAUAUUGAACAUGGAAACAAGAAGACAUAAGGAAAUUUUUAAGUAAUGUAUUUGGAUUUUUUUGUUUGUUUUGUUGUUAUUUUUACCCCAUAUGUAUUUAUUUCAUUUUGUCCUUGUCAUUGUCAUGGAUGUUGUUGUGAUUGGUGGCCCCUGUGUUGCUUCCAUGCAGUUUUGUUGCCCUUUGGAAGCUUCAUGCCUGCUCUGUUCGAGAGACCUUUGUGACCACAUCCUCCCACCCUGAAUGUCAGGGGGAAAAGGAGGGAACAGACCUGUGCUCCUGUGGCGUCCCUAGAAUGACGUUUUACCACCAGAGCUAUUAACGAGUUCCAGUCUUUCACUACAGUCUUUCGUUUCCACACUUGACAUGGUUCAUCCUGUAUCACUGCACUGUGGCAUGUUCUUUCCUCUGCAGCUGUUGUUCUUCCUUCACCUGAGCACUCGUUAGAUGUUUUACGCCAGAAGCAUUCAGAAAUGCCUUGUGCAAGGCAUUUCUGAAUGUGUGGUCAGUGACACAGAAAAUGAAGCUUACCUGAUUCAUCGUCAGGUUAUAAACUAAAGGUGUUACGAACUGAAAAGUGGUCCAAUAAAGCCUGACGAAGCGGCAAAGCUAAGUGCUAGGAAAGCAGUGGCACAUUUCUGCUCAGAGAAAUGUUUGUGUUGGAUUCCCAGAGCCUUGCUGUUUUGUUGUUCACCCUUACCUGGCCGUGGCUAAGUGUGGUCUCUGUUCAAAAGCACCUCGGAGUUUUCCCCUGUCAGUCAGGGCGUUCAGGACGGUUGCACUGUAAGCUGCCCCUUUGGAUAGGAAUGCAAAAACUCUACUCCUGCUGGACCAUCUGGUAUUGUGGUAAUGAGCGUGUUUAAAAAAAAAAAAAAAAAAAAAAACUCAGAUGCUAUUUCCAGUGAAAGCAGCUGUGAGUAUAGCGACUUUGAAAGAUAUGGUAGUGGGCCUUAGGAUGUGUCUCAGGAAUAUAGAGUGCAUAUAUGACUACUCGGGUAGGGGGUUUCAAACCAGACCAGUCUGUGUUGAUUCCACUUACAAGACACUCACGCACUAGUAUUAUUCCCAGUUUAAAUAUGGGGACUGAAUCUUAAUGUUAAUUUUUGUAAUGAAAACUUUUCCUGUCAGGAGCUGGAGAAGGAAAAAAUAGGAAUAUUUCAAAAAAACAACUUCACCGAUAGCUAAUGGAGAGACACUGUAAAGACAGCCCACAUUUCCAGGUAUUUCUAACCCUCGGUAUUCUACAGUUUGCAUUAGUGGUACUUUAUUAUGAAUUCCCCACACGGAGCCACGCAGCCAGGAACCCAGACAGAAGACUGUCUUUUAUUUACAUCAUUAACCUCCCCAAAAUAAUGUUGUAUUUAUCUUUUUCCUCCUCCUAACGACUGUACAACAUGAAAUUUUACAUUUGCCCUCAGCACUGGGCUGAACUUGCUGUGUAUUUUCUUUUUCAUUUUUGAACACAGUGUGUGCGUGUGUGUGUUUUUUUUUACCAUGUUACUGUACAAUGUUCUUUAGAAACAAGCUACUGAAUACCUUUUUGCUCUGAAAACAAGGUCAUGGGGUGUGGAUCCCAGGGUCGGACUCACGACACUGCAGCGUCACACAGUGGCACAGCGCCAUAUGUCCGCUCCGUUCUUCCUUCCGCAGUCAAGCUAUGGGACUCUCACCAGGCAUUACCUGGACACUCGGGCUUAACUUCCUUUUUUGUUGUGUUUUUUUUUUUUUUAAACUAAAAAAUAAAGCUAAACAU